AAGAGAGAGGCCGAGGGCGGGCCCAGGCCCGAGAGGAGUCGGAGGCGGCGGCGGGAUGGAGGAGCCUGGCCGCGGCGGGGAAGAAGGAGGCGGAGGCAGCGGUGGCGGCGCCGGGGGCGGAAAGGAAGAGGAGGAAGGCGGUUGAGGCCGAGCAGCAGGAAGGCUUCCCCUCCUUGUCGGCGCCAUGCGGGCGGCCCAGGAGCGGGGUCAGGAGUUUCUCCCUCCGAAGAAGCGGGACCUCCCCCCAGCUACUGUCCCCACCACCACCAUCAGCAGCAGCACUGAGGAGCCCCACACAGCAGCUGAGAAGGGAGGGCCCCCCUCUGAGUGGAGUCAGGCCCCGGCUUCCCCCUCCUCCCCAUGGAGUGGUGGUGUCCAGGCCGGACUGACGCUGGACCAGUAUGGGCUGCUUUACAAGGUGUCUGCCUUCCCCUCGCCGCCGCCUUCCGCGGUGCUGAGCCUGGGUGCCCUGCCCCCCACUUCCUCCUCCUCUUCAGCCUUCGGGGGUGUGGCCUCGCCUUUCCUCCAGGCCCCCGGGGCCUCUUUCCCGCAGGUGCACUUUGCCCAGCUGCCCCCCGCCCCGCUGCAGUUCCUGGGGGGGCCCUUCCCACUGCCCUAUGCUCCCCAGGGCUUCCUGCCAGGCCACCUGCUGCCCACCACCGCCGGCCUCCAGGCACCGCCCCACUUGGUGCCCUUCGUGCCCCUCCUCCAGGAGGACCCUGGCCCUCGAGCGGCGCAGGUGGCGUUUGGCAACAAGGCUCAGGGCCGGAUUCCCGUCUACUACCAGGUGUCCCACCUGCCCCCGGGAUACACUGCGUUUGAGGCCCCCGUGGCCAGCCUGGGUCCAGAGCUAGCCCUGAGGGAGGGCCACCUCAGCCCCGAAGAAGCCACAGAGAAUGGGCUUCAUGUCCAGGAAGGCGAGGCCAAGGAACAGUGGUCCCCAGCAGCCCUCCACUGUGGCACCAACGGUCCGAUCUCGGCAGUCCUUCCUCUGGCGGCUGGGAGGGCGGAGGCCUUGGGGGCCUCUCAGCGAAGCAGCCCAGAGGCAGACCUGGAGGUGCAGCGGGUGGUGGGGGUGCUGGCCUUCCAGGGCCACUCCAGCGCCUCCACUUCAGAGAGACGCGACCCGAGCCCACUGAACCUCUCCCACAGCAGCCAUGGACAGAAGGCAGACUCAGCCAGGAACCUCUCAGGAGCAGCUCUGGCUGCGGCGGCUGACAGAAGGCCCUCGGAGCAGGAGCAGGAGCAGCUCUGUCCUGGGGAGAUGCUUGUGGGACCAGCGAUGGCCAACGGGAAGCUGGGCCCCUUCCGUCCGGCUGCUUGCGACAGCAUCCCGGGGUCACCGAGCCUAGAGGCAGGGGCGGCAGAGUGUACCCCCCGCUCUCAGGGCCAUCUGCCCUCUCACUUCAUGAAGGGGGCCAUCAUCCAGCUGGCCACCGGGGAACUGAAACGGGUGGAGGACUUGCAGACCCAGGACUUUGUGCGCAGUGCGGAGGCCAGUGGCGGCCUGAAGAUAGAUUCCAGCACAGUGGUGGACAUCCGGGAGAGUACCUGGCCAGGCCUGGUGACGCUGCACUUUGUAGUGGGGGAGCAGCAGAGCAAGGUGAGCAUCGAUGUGCCCCCCGAGCACCCCUUCUUUGUCUAUGGUCAGGGCUGGUCCUCCUGCAGCCCUGAGAGGACCGCCCGGCUCUUCGCCCUCCGUUGCCAUGGCCUCCAGGUGGGCGACGUCUGCGUCUCCAUCAGUCUCCAGGGUCUCAACGGCCGCCCGGCUCCUCUUGCCAGCCCUGAGGGCGGGGAGAGGCCCGGCUGCGCCAGGCAGGGUGUUCUACGGGAGCCCUCUGGGGUCCCGGCUGCAGAGAGGAGCCCUCCGGGGCUGGGAGGGGUGGGGAGAGGGCCCUCCCCAGAGGUCUCUCAGCUCAGCCCUGUUGUCUCUGCACUCAGCUGGGCAGGCCCCGGCCCACAGAGGCUUGGGGAGGAGUCUCUUGGGCCGCCCCUCCUGCGCCCCUCCUUCAUUCCUCAGGAGGUCAAGCUGUCUAUCGAGGGCCGCUCUAAUGCAGGGAAGUGACCCUUUGGAGAACUCCAUUGCUUCCCUGCAAAGCCCAACCAGGCCUCUUCUGGCCUGGUCUGUGCUCAGACCUCCCUGGGCCCCACCCAGCCUUUCCUGCAGCCAUGUGCCUCAAUGCAUUCCACUGACAGAGACCCCCUUUUCCACCAGCAGGGCGGUUUUUAGGUCAAGGGUCAGAGCAGACGCAGGUGGGAGAGCCCUUGCUGCUCUUUUUCUGGGAGCAGGGGGAAAACUUCCAAGGCCCCUCCUCACACAAGCACUUUACUAGGCCUUUGGCUUACUUACGAGAAGAAGCACUUGCACCAGGCGCUUGCAGGGAGUCUGAGCAGGCGAGGGCCAGGUCUAUCCUCAGGCAGCAGGGAAGCCCUGGACUGCUUUGGAUUCUUUGACAGCAGCCCUGAGUCAAGGAAGCUCAUGCUCCUCCCCAGGGAGAGACUGCUGGGCAAAUUCCUCACCUGGGACCAGGGAAAAGGUGAUAUCCGCUGCCCCUUUGUGUCUCGCUCCAAGCAUGCUGCCUCUGCCCUGCAGCCGGGUGGGAGCCAGAUCCAGAAAGCAGGCGGGUUUGAGAGACUGUGUGUGUGUGUCCAAGGGCCCAUCCACAUUGUUUGUCUAUACAGGAAUUGGGUUCUCUAGGCUCCCUGUCUGUGUGCAGAGCCCUUCCCCUCCUUGGGUGCAGUGGCAGUCCCUUCCUGCUGUAAGGAGGGCUCCUGCUGCUGGUGACUUCUUUGAAGCAGGUCUUUUCUCAUCCUGGACCCUUAUCAUCCAAGUAGAGCCAUUAGUCCCUCUGGGAAACAGAGCCACUCUGUCCCCAACAUCAGGAAAGGAAAGCCUGCCUUCCUGGCUGCUGGCCAUUGGGAAUGCAAUGCAGGACCACCAUGCCACCUGACUGGAGGGCUGAAAGGGCCGAAUGCAGGCCAGGAAAUGCCAUGGUCCCAUUCUACAGAGAGGAAGACCUCCCCCGGAGAGAGUGGCACACUUGUUUGCAGAGAGAGGCAAAUAAAAUUUGGAAGACGUUGAGAUGGCUGGCAGUUAAGCCUGAGGUGCUGUACCAGCUUUCCAGCACAGCCCCUGCCUGCCUCAGAGUGUCCCCUCAGGUCCUGCUGUUUCUUCAGAGCAUCUCAAAGCAACAGCUUCUCUGAACAGCCCUGUACAAAAAGCAAAGGAGGUCUUGGCUUUCCUUCCUGGGACCUUGCUGGCUUCUUCACCUGGGACCAGGGAAAAGGAGGCAUUUGCACCCCCUUUGUGUUUUUCUCCAAGCGUGCCGUCUCUGACGCUGGCACUUUGCACUGUCUGUGGCUGCCCACCUCCUGGCCGCCUUCCUCCACAUCUUCCCAGGUGGCCCUUAAGUCUUUACCUGUAUCAUUGCCCCUCCUCUGGCUGAGAGAUAGAGGUAGGAGAACAGAGGUGGGGGUGUUGGAAAGUCCCUUCCUUUAUUCCUUUGGGGCCAAGUAAGACUGAGGGCUGGAGGUGCUGGAAUAAGUCUGUCCCUCCUCCCUUUUUUGCAGCCUUCUCUUGACUUGAUCCACAGAGACAAUGUAUUGUUUCUGUCCUGCUGGUUGGCUGCUGCUCUCCUAGGGCCAGAGUCAGCCUGGCCACAAAUCGGGUUGCUGUCAUGCACAGCAGAGGGGCCUGGGCUGCUGUUCUUUCUGGGGCGGGGGGUCAGGAGCCCAUGUUCCAGAGCAAUAAGUCAUUCCCUGAUCCUACAGUGAACCCGUUGCCCAGCAGUGCCUUCCCCAUGGGGCCCCAAAGCGGCUCUUGGGCUGGUCUCAGCCCAGCAGCUUCUUUGCAGGACUCCACAAUGAAGGCAGGCAGGCAGGCAAGGAAAGAAGGCAAUGCUGUGGCCCCCGCUCCCCGCCUGGGCCCCUUGCAAGCACCUUAGUCCCACGUGCAAAUGUGUGUGCAGUGCACCAGGAGCCCCAGCUGCAUCCCAGGCCAAGCCUUAGGAGUAGCCGCCUGCCCGGCCCCGUCUCUCCCAUCUACCCUUUAAUGAAGCAUUACUAGUCCAAGGGGGAUAAUCUAUUUUGUUGUGCUUCUUUUGUAUCUGUUUUAAAUAAAUCAAUUUGUACUGUAUAUUUGUACUUUGAGUCAGAUCCCUUUCCCUGUUUUACCAUUUAAAGUCUCUGUACACACAGAUUGUAUUUUUAUUGUUAAUGCUCUUACAGAUACUGCAUUUAACUUGUUGACCAUGUAAACAGUAUAUAUGCAUAUAUCUAUAUAUCUAUAUAAUUAUAAGCCUAUAGCUUUUA